AUGUGUCGGUGGUUCGCAUACAUAUCUCCUAAGGAGCCAUGCCUACUAUCGGAUGUACUCAUCACACCUGCCAACAGCAUCAGCAAACAAUGCUCCGAGCACUAUCUUCCGAAACUUCUGCCGCAUGGUGAUGACAAGGAUCUGAAUGAUGCUUCUGAUGAGUUGCUACGUAUCCGUAACUCACUACUGAACAUGGAUGGAUUGGGAGUUGCUUGGUACACCGAAGCUUCCUCCACCUAUGUUAAGCACGUGACCGGUCCGCGUCCAGCACUAUACAAGUCUCAAAGCCCUCCUUUCAACGACUUCAACUUCAAAUCCCUUUGCGAGAACACCGAAACGCACUGUGUCUUCGCCCACAUCCGUGCUACCAGCGGUAGCGUCGUCACACCAGUAAACUCGCACCCCUUCGUCUUUGGCCGUCACAUUUUCAUGCACAACGGCGUCGUAUCAAACUUCUCUUCCAUUCGUCGUGAUAUGACGGAUCUCUUGAGUUUCGAUGCGUAUUGCAAUGUACUCGGCUCCACGGACUCUGAGCAUGCUGCCGCUCUGUACAUGACAAAUUUGACAAAUGGCGCGGGGAAGGAGAGCUGGGACAAGCCAUUUUCUCUCAAAGCCAUGUUCGAAGCUAUGCGCAAGACCGUUGUGCAGAUCCUGCAACUGCAGCAUGACAUACUCGGCGCGGACAACGUACCCAAUUCUCUGAACUUCUGCACCACAGACGGCACGAAGUUACUCGCUAUUCGUUUCCGCAACCACGUCACGCAGCAACCGCCUAGUCUAUAUUGGUCCGAAUUCGCGGGCCGUACAUUGAACACAAAGUAUCCUGGACAUCCUGAUGGAGGACAUAUGACAAACAUGGAGGCGACUCUGGGAGAAGAGGAGAGAAUCGGGAAACACACAAUUGUAGCUUCUGAGCCAACGACGUUUGACGAGGGCGAGUGGCAUUUGAUCAGUAAGAACUGUGCGUUGUUGGUCGAUGAGGAGGGAACGGAGACAGAGGUGGAGAUCGAGUAUGAAGGGGGAUUGAACGCGAGGGAUCCCAAAUACGACAGUCAAACUUAA